ACAAGGUCUCGGAGCUGGUGGAGUUCAUGUUUGAGUGCGAGAGCCGGAAGAGGAAGACGAAUCUCUGACGGCACAAAACCAGAAGAGAAACACACCCCAGAUGUUGGAGAGAAGACAACCGAACCACUCGAGACGCCAUCAGAUGCCAGCAAUGCUUCCGAGCCGGUGUCAUAUUCUGCCAGUGAAUCAUCCGAAGUGCCGUCAGCUGCAGGAGAGGAGUCGUCAGACCCGCCAUCAGACACUGCGCUAUCAACCCCCGAGGAUCCCUCUCCAGAGAAGGAACUGUCGUCAGCAGACAUGGAUCUUCUGCCUCCCGGCUGGCAGGAGUUCAUGAAGUUUGGUCGAAUCACAAAGAAGUUUCUGGAAGACAGGAGUUCAGCAGCCACUACAAGGAAGGGGUCUUCAGCUGUGACGAUCUGAUCCACCUGCUGGAGGAGCUGCUGGUGUUUGCCAGGCUGUGGAACGAGGAGGGUCCAGAGACCUGGUUCAUGCCGAGCGUCCUCCGACACAUCUCUGCCAGCGACAUGGACAAGAGGUGCUCGUCAGCCGGAGCCCUAGUGGUGGACUUCCCCGACGGUGGUCCCCAGAGUGGCGUCUUCUGCUCCCUCAUGUCCCACGUCCUCUCUCCUGAAAACCACAGCCCCUACUCCUGGAAGCUGCAUCUCUCGUCGCAGGAGCCUUCGUGUCUGUAUCGCGACUGCAUCCAGUUCGAGGUCCCCAAGUAUCCCGGGUCGGUGACCUUCGUUGACCGCUACGAGUACUUCGAGGUUCACGUGUUCACCUCAAAGACGUGGGAGAAGGAGCUGUGGGGGCACGUGAGAAAGGCUGUCUUUGGUGGGAUCGAGACCGUGGAUGAGACUCUGGGCUACUCCGAAAACAAGCCACGGCCAGCAAUCGUAUGUCCGAGACCCCACAUAGACAGACCACACCCAGCCUACGUCCAGGACAAGGAGUGGAUCUGCACCAGCGACACCAACCAAUUUGGAGACCUGACCACCCAAUUUCUCUGGAACCAACCUACAUGUGAGUCCUCUCAAGAAUCCUCUACUGCUUCUUCAAUACCAACUCCUUCUGCAAGUGGUGAUGAGACUUCUACUCCAGAACAAGGAACACCAGUUGUGUCAGAGGAAUCCUCAUCUGCUGCCUCAUCAGUUCCUCCUGUGAACCAGGCUCCUUCUUCUUCUCCUCCGACUCCAGUAGAGAGCCAACUCGGCAUCAACGAUCUCUUCACCGUCUACUCUGAACUGGUGGGAGUGGCUCACAAGUGGAAGAAGGUGGGACUGGCCCUUAGACUGCAUCCAAACUUACUCCGCAGAAUCGAGGCAAAGAAAAAUGACGUCGAAGACAACGUAUCAGAUGUGUGUGAGGAAUGGUUAAAGAAGUCGUAUGACACAGAGAGUUUUGGGGAUCCGUCAUGGAAACUGCUGGUGGAUGCAGUGGCUCAUCCAGCUGGAGGCAAAGACGUGCCCUUGCCUUGGAGAUUGCUGCCAAGUACAAUGUGCCAGCUCCACAAUAGCCGAACCAACCUCACUUGUACAUCCAUAUUGAACAUACCGGUAUCUUCACACAUUAUUAUUGGCUGGCUAAGCAAGCCUACACAUUUUUCCUUUUUAAAAUUAUCAUAUCCAAUGCUGUCACACUGGAGAAUGUGCGUAGAGCAGUUACGAGGUCACACUCUAAUAGACUUACUCGUGUUAUCUCGCCAGAAAGCUCAUUCCUUGUUCCUAAAGUUUGACUUCACCUGAGCUUUUGAAAACCUAGUUGUAAAAAUGCUAUAUACCAUUGGA